UUCAAACUCGCAGAGCGCAGCACUUGUUCACGAAAUUUCAAACUCGCGGCGCAGCAGUUCAUUCAUUCACCAAAUCAUGUAUCAACCAACAAGCAACAACAGCAACCAAGUCACCAACGACAAACUACAAGGGGAUCUGCAUACUCUUGGGAUGAAAAUUAAGCAGCAUGAGGACAGACUGAGUCUUUUGAACGUGGAAAAGGUUAAAUUAGAAGACUCCAUUAAUCGUUUACAAGUUGCUAUUGGAAAAUCAAAAUCUUCAAUCACAACAAAGAUUGAUAAUGCAGAGGAUACCUGCAGAACAACUGAGGAGGAGGUACUUAAACAGAUACUGCAGCAUGAAAAAUCUGCUAUUGGUUUUUUGUGCCAGAUGAUGACUCGUCGUGAAGCGCUCGCUUCUCUUUUCACACUAACAUAUGACGUCUUAGGUAUGGUUUCUAUGUUGGGAAGAGUUGAGGAUGACAAUCUCAGCAGACUUUUCGCAGAGUAUCUUGGAGUCGACACUAUGUUUGCAAUUGUUUGUAAAACUUAUGAAGGAGUUAAAUUUAUCGAAAUGUAUGACAAGGAAGGCUCCAUAGAUAAAACUAGGGGUCUUCAUGGGCUAGGUGUAACUAUGCAAAGGCCAUUGGACGGUCGAUUUUUGGUCAUAUGUCUUGAAUCUCUAAGGCCUUAUGCUGGUAAAUACGUGGUUGAUGAUCCACAAGGAAAAUUGGACAUUUUAAAUCCAAGAUUGCCCAAUGGAGAGUGUCCGGCUGGAUUUCUUGGGUUUGCUGUGAAUAUGAUUCAUAUAGACACGGUGAACCUAUUUUGUGUAACUCCAAGUGGUUUUGGCCUUAGAGAAACAUUGUUCUAUAAUCUCUUUUCUCGUCUACAAGUAUAUAAGACUAGAGCUGAAAUGAUGCAAGCACUUCCUUUCAUAACUGACGGAGCUCUUUCUUUAGAUGGAGGAAUGAUUAGGAGUUGUGGUGUAUUUUCCUUGGGCAAAAGGGAAGAUGUUAAUGUGAGAUUCCCCAGACCAGAAAGAUCGUUCGGGCUUGAUGAGCAGGUUGAAAUUGAGAAGCAAAUGAAGGACGUCCAGUGGAAGAAGGAAAUAUUGGUGGACGAUAUAAAAAGGGAAAUGACAUUGUUGGACCUAGCGAAGCACAAUUUCAACAAAAAGAAGAGUGAUUUUCUUAUGUAUUUGGCUUCAAGUUCAUCAAUUUCAACUACUCAGGUUCAGAAUGCUCCUUUCCAAUGAUGAAAUUAAGAUCGACGGGAAAGCUAUGAAGGACAUAGUCUGUAUUUUUGUUAUUUAGCAUACAGCUCAUAUCCAUUUUGUAGACUGGUCCUGCAAGGUGAAGGUUAAGUUCUGUUGUGAAGAAAAAUAAGAUUAUCUGUUUUUUUUGGAGUGUGAUUGGGGGUUGUUUAUCC